AAAACCAAAUGUCUCCUUCGUAGCUUUGCUUUCAGAAUUUCUACUGGUUUCGUGUGACUUACCGUCCAACUUUCUUGGUGAUCAAUUGAAGUAUUAUUUCUCCCCAAAAAAAUGGAUUCUUCAACUUUGGCAGCAGAAACUCAACUCGGUUUUAGACAGGAGCAAGAAGAUGAUGAAGGGAGCUUUUCACAUGCUAUGCACUUAGCAAUGGGCAUAGUGCUUCCCAUGGCCAUGCAAGCUGCAGUAGAGCUUGGCGUUCUUGACAUCAUAGCUAGAGCAGGUCCUGGAGCCAAACUGUCAACUUCAGAGAUUGCAUCCCAGAUGCCCACCUCCAAGAACCGAGAUGUACCCCUGGUGCUUGACCGGCUCCUUAGACUUCUAACUAGUCAUCGCGUCCUGGUGAGCUCAAUCAAUGGCGGUGAGAGGUUCUAUGGCCUGGCUUCAGUGGCUAAAUACUUUGUACCCGAUGAAGAUGGUGUUUCACUAGGUCCCUUCCUGGCCUUGCUCAAUGACAAGGUUUACAUGCAGAGCUGGCCUGAGUUGAAAAGUGUAGUUUUGGAGGGAGGAAUUCCAUUCAACAAGAUCUAUGGAAUGCACAUUUUUGAGUACCUAAAAGUUGACCCAAGGUUUGGUCAAGUUUUCAACAAAGCAAUGAUAAAACCACACAACCAUUGUCAUGAAGAAGACCUUGGAGGUGUUGAACAAGUCGGAGGAGAUAUGUUUGAAAGCAUCCCACAAGGGGAAGUCAUUUUCAUGAAGUGGACAAUACAUUACUGGGCGGAUGAAGAAUGCUUAAGGUUAUUGAAGAACUGCCAUCAACCAAUUCCAAAGAAUGGAAAAGUGAUAGUGAUGGAUGCAGUCUUAACUGUGGAAGCAGAUGCAAGUACUGCUGCAAAAGACACCUGCCAUAUGGAUGUGGCCUUGAUGGCUCAAAACUAUAAAGGGAAGGAGCGGACGCAGGAAGAAUUCAUGGCCUUAGCAACCGGAGCUGAGUUCAGUGGCAUCAGAUUUGAAUGCCUUGUUUGCAACUUCUCGGUCAUGGAGUUCUACAAAUAGAUGAUUUUGUUUUGAAGACUAAGGAGUACUAUAGUAUAAUAAACAUGGAGUUGUUUUAGAAACUAAGAGUCUAAUGUUUUAAAAGUAGUGCUACUACUGGCACUUGGAUAACUCUGUUCUCUCUGUUAUUUCUCAAAAAUGUCUCUUGUUCCAAUUCUCCUCGAAAAGUUUAAGCAAUAGAUAUGUUGCUUGUAG